AUGCAGUACACCGGCAGCCAGUACUUUGGUGACUAUGUUCGUGGAAGGAUGGAGGGCAAGGCCUUGUACAUUCUCCCAACAGAAACAAAAUAUCAAGGAGAAAUGAAAGAUGGAAUGUUUCAUGGCAAAGGAACCUUGUACUUUCCUAAUGGGAGCCAAUAUGAUGCCACAUGGGAUAAAGGAAGAAUCGUAAAGGGGAAAUAUACCUUUGCUGAUGGCCUAAAGUACAAGGAAAAAAAAUGGCAUUACUGUGAUGGCUAUGACAGAAGAUUUUACACUGAAAUCUGUGAAGGCCUGAAGCCUGCAGGUAUUUCUCAGCUCACCAACAUAGAUCCACCUCGAAAAAUUCCUGCAGGUUGUUACGAUUGUGGAGAUGGUUUCUAUGACCCAGAAACAAGGGUGAUCAGAGACUACAAGAAGCGCUUCCUGAGAAAUGCAGAUGAUGAUGAACACGAAUGGAUCAUCCGGACCUGUCGGAAAGGCUGGGAUGAGUUUAUCGGCCAUAAGGCUAAGCUCUAAUCAGCCUUACUACUUCUGGGAUCAAUGGAUACAGUUCUUGAGGUUGACUAUCUUUUGAGUAGGAAAUAUUAACAGUUUCAUUGUUUGCCUGUUUUAAGUAGAAAUAAAGGCCUUUGGGGUUCACUGUA